UCGUCCCUCCUAACUCUGCUCUACUUUACCUGUAUUAAAAGCUCUCAGCUUAAUGUAAAUAAAUAGUAAUAAAACUAUAAGUCCAGUAUCAGCUGAGUUAUGUCUCCCUAGUUUCUUUUCUCCGUCUCUUGGAGCAGAAUCGAAAGUGAAAGCGUCUCCGGGGCUCAGUGUGUCGGUGAGCUCAGACCGGACGGCAGCAUGGAGGGACCCGACGGGACCGAGUGUCCGCCCGUGACCGUGGAGGGGGCCUGGAGUCCGGAUCAGACCAAGACCGUGAGGAACAAACUGCUGCUGUACUUCCAGAGCAAGAAGAAGUCCAGCGGGGGGGACUGCCGGGUGGAGGCCGGGGACGGAGCUCCGACGGCCGCCGUGUUCUUCCGAUCCGAGCAGGUGAGGCAGCGAGUCCUCGCCCGGCAGAACCAUCAGAUCGUCGUGGGGAACCAAACCAUCCAGCUACGACUCACUUCUGCUGCAAGUCCAACUAACAGCGACGACGUUUCAGAUUCAGCGAAAGAUUCAAAGACCCAGAAGUCGGAAGCCGAACCUGAAGAAUAUGGAGCUUCUGCAGAGAACAAAGAGGAGUCUGUUCAGAGCGCCGCGGUGGUGUUGGAAAACGUUGGAGACAACAUGUCCACAGACCUGCUGUUCAUGCUGGUGGAGAUCGUGUCGGGUUUGGACGAGAGCCGCUACAGUCUGGAGAUCAUCUGGGAGGCCAACAGAGCCGUGGUGACCUUCAACAAACCGGCAGAUGCGGAGAGGUUCCUCACUGUGAGUCAGUCCAGUCAGAAGCUGCAGAAACACGGACUGACCGCCCAGCCACUGGAGGCAGCAGAGAGCGUCCGAGUGGAGAGUCUGCCUCCACAGGUGGUCAAAGACAUGUUGGAGAUGUAUUUUGAGAAGAGCUGGGCGCUGCCAGACGAUAUCACCAUGAUCCCCAAUGAACAGGCUGCCAUCGCAAAGUUCAACAACCCCAAAGUUGUGGAAAGCAUUUGUAUGAACCGAGAUCAUCUGAUGCGGUCCAUCCCUGUCGGGGUGUAUCCGUACUACGAGUCCCUGGGGACCGCUUUGUACGGCGAAGAACGCCCAACAUGGAAGAUGCCCGAGCCCUUCACAGAGAGCGUUCACCACGUUGUCUGGAAGUUCCUGCAGAUGAAGAAACUGUCUGAUAGCAUCAACGAUCAGAUGCGUCCGUAUUUCUGCAGCGUGGACUUGGAGACCCCUGAGGUGAAACUCAGCCCUCUCCCGAGCUUCUUGAGGCAGAAAGGCCUGACGGCCGAACGCGUUGCUGAUUGGCAGAAAGCCGCCCAGGUGGCCUUUCGUGAGCAAAUGUCUGAGUACACGGCCUUCGACUGUCAAGUGAACGCACAUGCAUGGAAAGCUGCAGAGAAAGAAGUCCGCUCGGUUGUCCAGGAAGACGCUUUCCUGUUGCUGGAUGCAUCCAGGGGGAUUGUGGCCGCGGCUGGUCGAGCCGACGAUAUCAAACGAAUCAGGGCUCCUGUGGAGAACAUCGUCCUCAAAGCCAUGAGGCAGGUGAAUCGGCAGACAGACAGUGUCUCUGAGCUCAUGGACAUGUCCCCUUCAAUAUUCUACAUUCUGCAGCAGGAGGGCCUCCAGAAAGCUUCCCAGGACAUUUCCCCUGACAUGAACCUUGACUUUGACCGAGGUGCCCAGAAGUUAACCAUCACAGGACUCCCUGCAGAGGUUUUCCAGACCAAGUCGUGGAUCUUGGAGAAGAAUGUGGGGAUGAGUAAAAAACAGCUGAAUGUCCCGCCACAUCUUCUGGACUUUCUCAAGACUGUGGAUCCGAUGGAAAUGUCCCAGGAUCUGUUCACAUCCCAAGGCAUCAGUGCCAUCUACAGCAUUGAGAAUAAAGGGGUUUUCCUAAUGGGGAGUUCUGAGAUCGUCCUCACCGCCGCUGAGAAUACGAUGAAGGCGGUUUUGGCUGUUCAGACUCUUGAUGUCGAAGAUCCAGAAGUCCUGAAGCUUGUCAACUGGGCGGGCCUGAACCAACAGCUGUUGGACACCUACAACUCCUCAAAGAAGAAAACGGUGGCCAUUCAGAUCCACCCAGAGAGAAGAGACAAGAUAAUGGUGGCUGGCUUCCAGAGUCCAGUGAAAGAGGUCAGCCACAGUCUGACAGAAUUCAUUGCAAACUACUCACGAGUUCAGGAAGCCAUUCGGGUCGAGUCCUGUGCUGUUGUUCAGUUCAUUGACAAGAAGAAAACAGAAGACUGGACAAGUAUCGCCAAAGCUAACGAUGUGGUAGUCCGUUUUGAUCCACAGAGGCCAAAAAUCACCUUUGCUGGUGCUCGCCUUCACGUCCAGAAAGCAAAAUUCUGCUUUCAGGAACUGGCUAACGCUCUCUCCACUGACAACUUCUCCGUGGACAAGCCUGGAGCCAAGAAGUACUUCCAGACUCAAGGAAGCUUGUUCCUGUCCACAAUCAUGUCAGAGUUCAGCUGUGUGGUGGUGCUUUGUCCAGAGAACCAAGAGAAGGAGGAGGACUAUGAGAAGGUAAAAAACAACAACAGUGACAACACCGUGAGACUCCUGGCCUCAGCCGUUAACAGAGAGUUCAACGACCUCGGACCUACGAUGACCGUCCCACAGCCAGCAGGAAGAGGCAGCAUCGGAGCUUCAGGCGGUCAUCAGUGGGGUCGAAGUCAAAGCGAGUCGCCCAGCGGCCGGCGGUUUGGUGGACGAGCUGGAGCUGGAGCUGGAGCUGGAGCUGGAGCUGGAGCUGGAGCUGGAUUCUGGGAGAGUCGUAAGGGAGGUCAGAGCCCUAAAGGACAUGUCUGGCAUGGAGGGUCGGGCAGGGUGGAGCAGACCACAGCUGAGCGUCUGAAGAUUAAUCUGCAGAUUGGGAACAUUGAGGACCAGACUUGUUUCACCAGGCAGUUCAAAGGUCAGACAAUCCAGAGAAGUGUCCGACAUGGAGCUCGGGAAAUUAGAUCGUUGCCAGUCAGCCAAUCAGUCAGACAAUCACAGCAGUCCACAGCCUCCUUCGGCCCGGUGUCGUCCCCCUCCCUCGGUGUGUAUCAGAUGCAGAUGGGUCAGCUCACCCUCGAGGUGUCAUCGGGAGACAUCACCAAGGAGGCCUGUGACGUCAUCAUCAACUCCUCCAAUCAGGACUUUACCCUCAAAUUAGGAGUGUCCAAGGCGAUCUUAGACAGCGCUGGAUUAACCGUUCAGCUGGAGUGCUCAAAGAUUGUGAGCUCUCCAGGUUACCAGCCUCGCCCGUUCAUCCUGACCUCGGCCGGCCUGCUGCCCAGCAGGUUCAUCAUCCACGUGGUCGGUGUCAACAACCCUGCAGAUAUUAAGGACCUGGUCUACGGGGUGCUGAAGUACUGCGAGGAGAACAAGUUCAGCUCGGUCUCCUUCCCGGCGCUGGGAACAGGUCAGGGCGGAGCCAACCCGGCGGCAGUGGCAGACGCCAUGGUGGACGCCAUGGUGGACUUUGUGAGGAAGAAGAACCGGAGGUUCGUCCGCAGCGUGAAGAUCCUGAUCUUCCAGACCGCCAUGAUGGCCGAGUUUCACAAGAGCAUGAAGAGGAGAGAGGGAGAGGAGGUGGAGGAGAAGAGCGUCUUCACCGAGUUCAAAAACUCGGUCACUUCGUUCUUCAUGGGCCUGGGGGAGGAGCGACCCAACCCAGAAGUCCUGGUUCUGGAGCGAGAGGAGUUUGAGCCCACAGUGUUCCAGCUGUGUGCCGACAACAGCACGGCUGUGAGGCAGGCUAAGAGAAGGAUCGAGGAGCUGAUCGUGGCCGAGCAGGCGGAGAGAACCAUCACAGACAAGUACAUCAGCCACCUGACGCAGGCCGACCUGGACCAGCUGAAGGCCCUGCAGAGGAAGCUGACAGUCAGCAUCCGUCUGGACCAGGGGCAGGAGGACCAGGAGCCCAAAAUCCUGCUGGAGGGUCUGACCAGAGACGUCUACACCGCCGAGGCUGAAGUCAGGGACAUCAUCCGGAAGGUGGAGAGGUCGGAGAACCUGAAGACCAAGGCCUUGAUGCUGAGCGGCCCGGUGGAGUGGCAGUUUGAGGACCGCAGCGGCGUGAUGGUGCCCUUUGACAUUUACACCAACCUGAGCCUGGAGGAGGCGCUGGAGAAGAGAGAGCAGAGCGUUCCUAUCAAGAUCAACAACGACAAGUACAACGCUCAAGUACUGAUGAAGAAAGCGGUGUCAGCCAACAAGCGUAGAGAGGUGGAGCUCCUCAGGAAAGAGCUGAAAGAUGACGCCGCUCUGCCGUCACACUGGGACGACAUGAAGGGCGACCUGCUCAAACUGUUCUCUCUGAGCCCCGGAUCCAAAGAAUACAACGACGUGGUGGCAGAACUCACAAAGACCGGCCUCACUGUCAACAUCCUCAGCAUUGAACGAGUCCAGAAUGCGACGCUGUGGCAGAGCUACCAGCUGAUGAAGAAACAGAUGGAGGUGAAGAAUAAACACACAAACAACGAGAGGAUACUCUACCAUGGCACCGGUGCCAACUCCAUCGAUCUCAUCAACAAGCGGGGCUUCAACCGCAGCUACGCAGGAAUUCACGGUGCGAUGUACGGCAAUGGCUCGUACUUUGCGGUGAACCCGACCUACUCGGCUCAAGGCUACGCCCAACCAGAUGCUAGCGGCUACAAGCGCAUGUACCAGGCUCGGGUCCUGGUCGGAGACUUCACCCAGGGAAGAAGUGGCAUGAUUACUCCGCCCUCCAAGACCUCGAAUCCUGCAGAUCUGUACGACAGCGUUGCAAAUCAAAAUGGGAACCCGACCAUCUUUGUAGUCUUCAAUGACGUGCAGGCGUACCCAGAGUACCUGAUCACAUUCACAUGAGUCAGCCUACCAUUACACUUCACUUCUGAUUAAUAUUUACCUCUAUUAUUUGUCUUGUACCUUAAAUCAGCAGUCUACAAAACCAUUUAUAAAAUCUAUAAUAAUCGAUAACAUUGCGUAUUUCCUGCAGGUGCAGUUUUUCUUGUUUUCUGUAUUUGUUUUCUAAACACUAGCUAGAUUUAAAAAAAAUAAUAUUCAAGAUGAAAACAAAAGCAUGUAUGUCAACAUUUCUCUUCAUUUGAAAUCGCUCACGUUGUUAUUUCUGUUAUGAAAUCUGGUCUGAAAAACUGAUUAAUAAAGGACUUCUGCCACAAUUU